GAUGCCACAUUAAUGUAGGUGCCGCAAAACUAACGUGGAAGAGAAGAAACAGGACUGUUAAAGAGUGAAUGUCUAAUGAAUGACCAUCUGGACAGUUAUCUUAGAAACCCUUUCGUAAUAAUAUUAACUCCAUGUAGCCAUUACUUAUAACGAUGAAUAAGACUUUGAGAACAUAGCAAGUGUUAGGGGGAAAAAUCACAUCCGGAAACCCCGGGCCGUGGAAAUUAUAGGCUAUGAUCUUUUCAUAAUCACGUGAUAGCCGUCUCACUUACAUAAAGAGUACAACGUACAAGAAAUAUUGUGUGUGUGAGAGAGAGAAUGUUUUUUUGUUUCAAUCUGAGUAGUUCUUUUCGUCAACGGAUUCAGGAGCGACGUGUGUCUGGCUGCGAUUGCUGCUACGUGCUGCGAGCGCAUGAUACCCUCAAACCGGACCUUGGUAAUGCUGACCCCAAAUAUUCCUUCCUGCGCUUAUCCGCGGCACUCCUUCUGCUCGGAGUUCCGUUUUCUCCUCUGGCUGCUGCCUGUGACUGUAACUCACUUGUCAAUGUCCAGUCAAUAUAAUAGCGCGAGUCGUUUUCCAGUUGUUCUUUUUAACUGUUGGCAAAAGUUUUUCUGACCGAGGUGUGCUCACAUGGGCAACUAGCAGUAGUUGGAUACGUUUCAGGGCAGGUGGACAGACUGUCAUGCAGGGUUCAUUCUUAUGUCAUAGCCACUGGGGGGCACUGCGUCAGCUGUUAGGCCUCUCUGUGGUAAGGGCACGCCUUAACAAGAAGACAGUAUGGCUGCACUGCAUGAUGGGCACCAUGCGACAGAGGAGCUCCUGCAGCCCUGCCCCUCUACUGAUGGCCAUGCCCACUCGUGCGCUCAUGGAUGAGCCGAUUAUGCUGGAGGCGCGGCACCUGCCCCCUCACUGUCCAAUCACAAUACGCGCCCGGAUGCGCAGUGAAGACGGAGACCUCUGGGAGGCACUGGCGCACUAUCACGCAGACGGGAGGGGUGUGGUGAACUUGUCCCGAGAUGAGGCGCAAGGAGGCUCGUACACUGGUCGUGAACCAAUGGGUCUUUUCUGGAGUCUGCUCCCAGCACCUGGAGAGAGAGAAGGCCUGAGGCUGAGGAAGAGGAACGUGGAGACCCCCUUCACUGUGCGCGUGUCACUGCUGCGAGGCCAUGUGUUGCCCCCCACAGCAUUGGGGUGUAGCCGAGAUGCUCGGGGACGAGACACUCAGGUGCAGGAGGAGGAGCUGGCUGCAGUGACAUUGGAGCGUUGGUACAUGGCUCCUGGCGUCCGCAGGGUAGCGAUUCGGGAAGGAGGGGUGGUGGGCACCCUGUUCCUACCCCCAGGCCCAGGUCCGUUCCCAGUGGUUCUGGACCUGUGGGGGAUGGGCGGGGGGCUGGUGGAGUAUCGAUCUGCUCUGCUGGCCUCACAAGGCUUUGCAUCCCUCGCUCUGGCCUACUUUGGGCACAGAGACAUUCCUGGGCCUCUCCACCGCAUCAAUGUGGGAGACGCCUACUUCUUGGCUGCGUUCCGACUGCUGCAGGAUCACCCCCAGCCCAGAUGUGUCAUUGGAAUCAAUGGGCCCAUGGGAAGCAUGAAUAAGCUGGUGGACUUUGGUGGGAAGGGAGAGAGCUUCCAGGAAGACCAGAAGCACUGGAGUUACGAUGAAGAGGGCUAUGUCAGCUUCAGAGGCGUGUCACUGCCUGCGAACAUCCCCCCCGACCACAUGGUGAAGAUAGAGGACCUGCGGUGCCCCCUUCUGUUGAUUGUGGGUGAAGACGACCUGAGCUGCGCCGCCAUGGAGAAUGCGGACAAGAUCGAGGAGGGGCUCCAGGCGGCUGGCAAAUCCCACCUAAUCACCCGUCUGUCAUACCCAGGAGCAGGUCACCUGAUUGAGCCUCCGUACUCGCCCAACGCCCGUUCUUCUUUGUGGAGCACCCGCCCCACCAAACUGAUCACUCUCUGGGGAGGACACCUUGGGCCGCAUGCUUAUGCCCAGGAGCACAGCUGGAAGAAGAUUCUGGAAUUUCUGGACCGUCAUUUGAGAGGGGGGAGUUAGCCGACCUUUGACUCCAUGGAGCCAGUGGUUCCACUUCACAAAAUGAGACUUCUUAAAAAAAAAAAAAAAAAAGCUGUUACCUUGAUGGAAAAUGGAGGCAGACAAAGAGGUAUACUUUAUAAACUGUGAUAACUGCUAUUGAUAAAUAAUAUUGCAGUGUUUAAUUAUAUAUGACUUGGUUAGUUAUAUAUGACUGACUGCAACAGUUAGACGUACACAAAUACAAUCAUAGUGAUUAAAAGUUCUUAGCCUAGAAACAUAACUUGAAUUAAACCACCUUGAUUAAAAAUGCUCUUGCUCUAAAUAAAAUGUGAAAAUCCACAAUGAAUGUGAAA